CUGUCAAUUCUUGGCGCGAAAAUUGCACUGAACUCUGGUACGCUCAAAUUAGGGUUUAUCUCACAAAUACUCUCUAAUUUAACAUGACAAUGUCGAGUUUCUCUGAUCAAAUGGAGGAAAUCAAAUCCCUAAUUCACUCAAAUUCCAAAGAAAACAAAUCACUUGCUUACUCUACUCUUCUUCACCUUCAAGAACAAUCAAAUAACCACUCUUCUUCUAUACAAACACUAGCUAAUAGUUCUCACACUUUGAUCUCUUUGAUUUCUGUUGAUAUUUCAAAUGAUGAUGAAGAAAUUGCUGCACAGGCUUUGAAGUGUUUAGGAUUCAUGAUAUAUCAUCCUUCAAUUGUUGUUUCAAUACCAGAUGAUGAUGCUAGCAUGACAUUGGAUGCAUUGGCUAAAGUCAUUAUAACCACCAAGAUAAAGUCGGUCUGUAAUUUAGGUGUGUGGUGUAUAUCUAUGCAACAAUUUGAUGCAGCACUUCUUGCUUGUCACUUCCAAUCUUUGCUGCAGGCAGUUGUUCAUGCCCUUGACAACCCUUUUGGUUCCUUGUCUACCACUUUUGAGGCUAUACAGGUUGUGAUGAAGUUAGUAGCUCAGUUAAGUGAGAAGAUGAGAGAAUCUUCAUUCAUAUGGGUUCCUCCAAUAUAUAGAAGACUUCUCAGCAUUGAUAAGAAAGAAAAGGAUAUGUCAGAAAGGUGUCUGUUGAAGAUUAAACCUGCAAUAUUUCCUCCUCCGGCAGCUCUAUCUAAGGCACUUGUCAAAGAUAUGAAAUGGAAACUGCUCACUGAGAUGAAGGAUCUUUUGAACCAGGGUAUGAAAGUUCAAACAUUGCAAGCAUGGAGAUGGUUUAUUAGCCUACUGGGAUCUCAUGCUUUAAAGAAUAGGCAUUUAAUUAAUGACAUGCUCAAAAUUCCUGAACAGACAUUUUCUGAUCACAGCUCGCAAGUCCAGAUUGCUUCACAGGUUGCAUGGGAAGGACUUAUUGAUGCUCUUAUUCACACUCCAAUGGUAACUUCUGAGGCUAGUAGAGAAGAAGUAAAUGGUGUUCAACCAAUGCAAGCAUCUAAAGGAAAUGGCUGUGAAGUCCAUACAAGUGUGUUAACAAAAAGCAUAAAACUUUUAAUGACACCUUUAAUAGGCAUCAUUUCAAGCAAAUGUGAUACAUCAGUUCACAUAUCCUGCUUGAACACAUGGUGUUAUUUGAUACAUAAACUUAAUAUCUCCAUCAACCACCCAUCGGUGAUUGAAUUGGUUCUGACUCCUGUCUUUAAAGCAGUUUUUAAAAUGGAUCCUGAUACCAAGACUGCCUGGUUAUGGAGUCUGUGCUUAGAUCUGCUUGAUGAUUUUAUAAUAGCAAAAUGUCAGAAACUAGACAAUGAAUUAAGUAGUAAGGUAAGCCAUCAUUCAUCAGUUGGAACCUCUAUGCUAGGACCUUCGAUAUCUGGCAGGUGCUUAGAGAAGCAACAUUCUAUUAAAUGGUUUCCAUGGGGUAUUGGUCAGUUGGACUUAUUUAUAGAGAUAAUUAAUAUUAUCCUCAGCCAUGCAUCAAGUGCAAUAAUCACCCCUCAAAAUAGAAGUUCAGCAUGUGAUGCUGCCUUAAGGAUAUUCAGGUCUCUUCUAAAAGGGGUCCAAGUGGAGUUAACAAGUUCAUCCAUAACUUAUGCAGAUAUUAUGCUGUGUUUAAACACAGUACUGAGGUUCAUAAAAGAGGUGUGUCAAAAUAUAAAUUCAGGUGGCUAUGGUGAUAAUAAAUUUCAGCACACUUCCAUCCAGUUUCUACUGGCUGUCAUUGAUGAGAUAGAACCUGCUAUAUUGGGAUCCCCUCUAUACAAGGUGUCUCUAGACCUUGUAUGCAUCAAGAAUCUGCAAUCAGUUAAUGAUGUUAGGAAUAAAGAUUUUCUAGGUAUCAGCUCUGUUGCCUAUAUGGAUAUGGUUUCGCCAUUGGUUUAUCUUAUUAUUCUCUCAAUCUGUAUGGGGACGCAGUCAACUUCCCAUAGACCCAGAGCGGAGUUAAUUUCGACGACACUGUACAAAAUUUUCAAAUUGAUACUAUUUUCAUAUGAUUCCAAGGAAAAUCUACAUGUUGCAAUUGGUUUAUUGUAUAAGUUUGUGGGUUAUAGGAACUUACAAAUAUGGAUAGUAAUAGCUGAAGCUCUGCGAGAUUGCAUUGGUGGUAUACAGGAUCUUUCUAUGUUGAGAAUGGAGCCAGACGGCAAUGGUCAUCUUUGCCUAUACCAUCUUUUGUCAUACCCAUUUGUCGCAUGGUCUUCCCCCCCAAAAAUACUGACUCCUGAGGAAGUUAGCUUCUCCUCAGAAGAGUCUCAUAUUCCAGUGCAGGGAAACCUUGAGCUUGAACAUGUGAUUGAAGUAUGGAAGUCAGUUUAUGGUGCUCUUUCUCUCUCAAUCUGUUCUGCAACUAAAAGUUUUUCUGACAAUCUGUGCUCCAUGUUAAAUUGGUGCAUUGAUGAAAAUCUAAGCAUGACUGACCGUGGCACUGAAGUAGAUUUAAGUUAUAAGAAUCCUGAUCUUGAUUUUCUUUUUUUAUCUGGCAAUGCUGUAUCAUGUGUAUUGGAAGAGAUCUUGACAGCUGGUUGUGAUGACAACAAGAACAAUCGUGUUGAACCUCCAAUAUUCAGUGACAUUAAAAAUGUCUUGGCAUUUGUGUCCAGAUUCUUGAAGUUGUCAUCAACAAGAAUACAAGCAGAUCCAACCAUUGGUCUUCCUGUAACUUCAAGGGUAUUUUCUGCAUUGGCACGUUUCAUGAGUUGCCUACAUUUGAAGCAUACUAUUCUUUCUACUAUAGAGAUAUUAACUUGUCCACUAAUUCAGUGGCUGUCACACAGAGAAAUGCGUGAUGGAAGCACCAAUGAUCAGCUUCGAGAUCUGUGGGCUGAAAUCCUUGAUUGUUUAAGGAGGAGUCAGCCACCAAUAGUCUUUGAUUCCUCGUUCCUUAAAUGUCAGGCAUCUAUCUUAGAGAAAACUCUUGAUCACCCAGAUUCCACCAUUUCGGAGCUUACUAUCACCUUCUGGAACUCAAUGUAUGGUGAACAGAGCAAAUUAGACUACCCUGAGAGCUUGCUUGAUAUUUUAGACAAACUGUCCAGAAAUAAAAGAAUCAACCUCCGCAAGAAAAGCCCGCUAUUUCUCAUAAAAUGUAACUAUAUUCCAGAGUUGACUGCUCAAACACACAGGGUGACUGCAACACAUACUGGGAGCUCAAAAAGGGUAGAACUGUUGCAGGAUGCAGUAAAUCAAUUUGAGCAUAAAGAUAAGUUGCAUUCAAGCUCGAAAAGGAAAAGGUUAGAACUAACGGAGCACCAAAAGGAAGUAAGACGAGCGCAGCAAGGAAGGGGGAUGGAUUGUAGUGGACAUGGUCCAGGGGUCCGAACAUAUACUAAUGUUGAUUUUUCACAAGGAAACGAGGAUUCUCAGGAUAGUCAGGAGAUUCGGAAUCCAGAAUCUAUUCUGGAGAUGUUAAGAAGAGUUGUAUAAUUGUUUUCUGUAUAUGUGGCUUCUUCUGGCAGAGUACUCCAGCAAACUGGAAGGUACACACACCUAUAUAAUUGAUUAGCCAAGUUAUUUGAUUUAUAGAACACUUAAAAAAAAUCAUCUAUACAAUGUUAUUAUAUACUUUUAUAUAAUUAAAAUACUAAUUAAUUUUGAAAUUUUGUUAAA